AUGUUCAGACGCCACGCUUUCGUUUCUGUUUUCCUGCUCUUCGUGUGCUUGUCCUGCAGCCAUGUCCUUGCUACUGCUGCAUCUAGUACCGGCACCGCUAGUGCGGGGCGCGUAGUCAGCCGUCGCCAUCGAGGCAGCAAUGACAAAACCAGGGGACAAUCUGGAAACUACCCAAAACGGCGUGCGGCUAGUGACAGUCACACCAGACACAGAGAACUCAAAUCUGCCUCUUCGUCGUCAGGAGGAAAAGGCAAGGGCGGCACGACCACUGAACAUGCACAGUACGAGUCUGCCAGUGCGGAUCACAGCUAUAGCUCCAACGAUUACCAGAACUACCAUUCGGACAGCAACAUUUUCCAGCAUUCCGAAGAUACCAUGCAGGUCGAAUGUGGAAGUGACGAAAAUCCAUUCUUGACUACCUUUGUCACUUCCAUUGCUUUUCGUUCACAACCGCUCCCAACACCGUCACCCGGCACGGAAUCCACCAGACAAUCGCGUUCUUCCAAACAAUCUCGUUCUUCCAAAAAAUCUACCAAAGGAAACACGCAAAAGUCAUCAGAAUCGUCUUCCUCUGGAAAAGGAAAGGGGGGCAUGAUGAUGGGAGGAAGUACCAAAUACAGAAGAGCCUUGCAAUCCUACCAAGAUGAACCCAGUGGGGAUGGAUUUUAUCCAGAUCCUCCAACUGGUCCUGUCACUGAUGAUGCUCUCAAUGGAGAUGUUGUCCACAACCAACUUACCGUCGUCGAAGAACGAAUCAUGGAAGAAACCUUUCGUGAUGUCUACAACUAUUUGGCAUUUGAAAAUUGCGAUGGCUUCUUCAGAACUGUCUUCACCGCAAGUAUGACACUGGCAGAACAGGAGGAUGUCGCUGCCGAUGGAUCAUACUCCGUCACCCUGGCCAAGACAUAUGACGAUUCCUCCGAUACCGUUGCCCCCACGGAUCAACCCGAUGCCAUUUUCCCCUGGAGCCGGCAAAACGAUGGAUUGAAUCGUCGGGAACGACGACGACUAUCAGAGAUCUCCUACGACGCCGAUCAUCAAGAUGCUGGUGAUACCCAUGCAGAGUUGGAGUUCGAUAGCAUUGUCAGAAACCUGGAAGACAUGACGGAUGAUGGCAUGACAGAUGACGGCAUGAAUGCCACGGACCCAAACUCCAAUCAGACCCUCCACUCGGUCAACCAAAGAGACCCUCGUGGCACUAGUCGUCAAAGCGGUACCGGUACCGGCAGUCUUAGUGAUGGUACUUGGAUGAGCCCAGAGAACUAUCCCAACAACGAUGAUGCCGAUCUGGAUGAUGGAAGCACACAAACCGUGGUCGGGGGUGAUCUCGUCACUAUUUACUAUGUAUCACUCACUGCCACUUGUCGAAAUUGCAGGGUUACGCCCGAAGUCAACUUUCCAUUACUCAGAGUCCCAGAAGCCGAACUUGAUGUGGCAGAGGCUUUGACACGCAUCGUUGUCACAAAUAGCACGGCACCCGAAGAGGAUGUGUGUACUUGUCCCGUGGGAGCCGACGAGGACCAAGCUUACUCCAGAAGAGCGAGGCAACGACAACGAAGGCGACAUCUUCAGUAUGACUCGACCAACUACCCAGACGAUGAUCAAGAAGAAGACCAUCUUUUUGCCCCCCUACCCCGAGGUCCCACACCGGAAGAAUACAUUGCCGCCAUGAAUGAGGCCAUUGCUCAUAACGCCAUUUUGAGACAACGUGUCAAAGGAUUGGUGCAACUGGUCGAACCGGAUUAUUUCAGCGGCAUCAACCCACCGCGGUACGAUCCCAACUCUGCGGCACCCACGCCGGAUUUCUCCUCGACACAAGAACCGAUCUCGCAAUUUCCUACUGUUGCGCCUCUGACACGGUUCCCCACAGCAUCGCCCACGGGCACCAGAGACAUUGAAUUCCCAGACUCGCGUGCUUUACCAAGUGCUGUUUCGUGGCUGGCGCUCGUAGUCACGGCAUUGUCAUCGGUUUGGUUGCUAUCAUUAUAG